AUGGCUCCCCUCUUCGACUCACCUCCACCCAGCCCAGACCCAUUUUCACGGCCCCGGCCACGGCCGCCGAGGUCGCCAGGUCACUCAGCCAAGAUCAGAGCCCAGAACAGAAGGAGGGCAUAUCUGGAGAACCACCCAAAUUACUUCCAGUCAGACGAACAUGAGCUUGCAGAGCGCGAAGCCGAGGGCCGCGCAAAGGGCUACGCCCGCGUACUGGAAGGAUCGCUGCUGCGGGGCGAGGAAAGGCUGGCCAAGCUGCGCGAGCAGACGGUCGACAAGAACGCAGAAGAACCACUACCCCGUCCAGUAGCAACAGGUUGUUCUCCCUUUUCUUCUACUACUGUGACGACGCCUUCGUCCUGCAGCAGCGGCAACGGCAACGGCAAUGGCGGAGGUGGUGACGGUGGUAAGGAAAUCACGGCAGAAGAUAAUGGAAAGGGAGCGAUGUUGCGAGGGACGACGACCUUCAGCAGCCUCAACGCGGAGCUCACGGCGCCGCCCAAGACGCGGGACGAAGGGCGGGCGCAGUGGGAGGCGUACCUGCGGGACCGGUUCAUCCGCGGCGAGGACGAAGAUUUUGACUAUGCCCUGGUGGAUGAGGACGACCAGUACGAUGUGCUGGAGAGAGAGGAUAUGGAGGAGGCCUGGUUUGAUGAGGAGGAUCCCGGGUGGGUUGCUGCGAGUGGCGACGAGGAGGAGGAUGCCGGAGGUGGGAGGGGGAAGGCGCUCAGGGGGGAGACGGGGAUACAGGACUUCUGA